AUCUUUCUCCCUGUCUCUCGCUCUCUCUCUUUCUCUCUCUCUCCCUCUCUCUCUCUCUUUUACUCGUUCGAGCCCAGCCAGAUUUCACUUUCUCUCGCCGCUUCUCUCUGAGAAUCCAAUCAGAAGAGCGGAGCCCAGGCUGAGGAAAGUCCAGUCCGAUCACGAGCCGCUGGAGAUGGACUGAAACCAAAGCUUCUGCAAGAAGAACAACAAGAAAAAACCGGGCGAAGCGCGAGCUGUUGGUCUAUCUGAAGUCCGUGUCGUGUGGAUGUAAAGCUGUCUUUCUGGAAAAUCCUGGGAAAAAGUUUUUUGGACAGAGGGAUGCGCAGGAAUUCUGGAUUUGUGCACGCGCUGAUGCUCGGUGGUGGAGACGCCGCUGUUUUAUAAACGCGCGUUUGGAACCAAAAAUACCUUCUCUAAAAUCGCUCCAGAGCUUUCCUCACGCUCCGCUUUCUUCUCCACGCGGAGAUAUAUUCGCUCUCUUUCUUUAAUUCGGAUUUCUUCGACAUUUCUCAAUUAGUCUGAGCCCGAGAUAUUUCUUCAAGCGGGGCUGUGGAUCGACUUCCACCGGCUCUCAGCUCCCUCACGACAAGGUGAUGAGGCGACUCGGCUGAACAUGGAGCUUUUCUGGAUCUUACUCUUCUCCGUCAUCCACCGCUACACGCGAGGACAGGGGGUUUACGCCCCUGCGAAUGCGCAGAUCGUUCACUCCGGGCAGGCGUGUGUGGUGAAGGAGGAUAAUAUCAGUGAAAGGAUUUACACCAUCCGGGAGGGAGACACACUCGUACUACAGUGCCUGGUCAAGGGACAUCCACGGCCUCAGGUUCGGUGGACUAAAACAGCCGGCAGUGCUUCCGACAAGUUCCAGGACACGCCCAUCUUCAAUGAGACGCUGCGGAUCGUCAACAUCCAGAGGGUGCAGGGCGGCCGCUACUACUGCAAGGCUGAGAACGGGGUCGGGGUGGCUGCCAUCAAGUCCAUCCGGGUAGAUGUGCAGUAUCUGGAUAAACCAGUGCUGACGGUGCACCAGACCAUCAGUGAUGUGCGGGGUAACUACUACCAGGAGAAGACGGUGUUCCUGCGCUGCACCGUCAACUCCAACCCUCCGGCCAGGUUCAUCUGGAAGCGUGCAAACAACCCCAUCGAACAGAGCAAAGAUAACGGCGUGGACAUCUACGAACCUUUAUACACACAGGGUGAGACAAAGGUGUUAAAGCUGAAGAACCUUCGGCCUCAGGACUUCGCUAACUACACCUGCCAGGUGUCGGUACGAAACGUGUGCGACAUCCCUGACAGUUCCGUCACCUUCCGCCUGACUAACGCCACCAGCCCUCCUGCACUGAAACUGUCUGUAAACGAGACGUAUGUGGUGGACCCGGGGACGGACGUCACGCUGACCUGUGACGUGACCGGAGGCUUCCCCACGCCCACAGUGACCUGGUCCCGCUACCCCGACCCCCUGCCCCGCGGCUCCAUCAUCCGUGGAGGGUCCCUCCUGCUGCGGAGGGUCGGUCCUGCUGAGUCGGGGUUCUAUAACUGCACUGCGGUCAACAACGUGGGAAACCCGGCCCGCAGGAACGUCAACCUUAUCGUUAGAACCAUGAAGAACCUGACUUUCCAGAUCACACCAGACUCCAACAAAGAUGGCGAGAGCAUACAGAUGGGUCGUGACCUCAAGCUGUCGUGCCACGUGGACGCCCAGCCUCAGGACAAGGUCAACUACACCUGGUAUAAGAACGGGGCGCCUGUCUACCCCUCAGACAGCCUGAUCGUGCUGCGCAGCGACCCCGACAUGCCCCCCGGCACCAGCAGCCUGGAGAUCGUGGACAUGAAGUUUAGAGACCAGGCCACCUACAGCUGCGUGGCCAACUUCCCGAGCAGCACCGUUCCUGAGCUCCGCGUGGACGUGAACAUCACGCAGAGCAGCGUUAUUCCUCCAGUGCUGACUGUGCCGGUGGGCGGGAGCGUCGUUAAUGUGACCGAGGGCGCCAACACUGAACUUGUUUGCCUGGUGGACGGCAAGCCCCGCCCACCCGUUCUGUGGUCCCGCGCCAACAAGGACCAGCCCAUGCCCUCGGGCGACUGGGUGGUGGAGACCCGAGACGGCAGGCUGGUUCUUUCCAACGUGACCAGAGACAUGUCAGGUCCGUACCGCUGCCAAACGGCGCCGUACAACGGCCUCAACAUCAAACGCCGGCUAGCGCAGGUGCAGCUUAACGUGGAAUACGCCCCGGUGGUGGACCCGGUCUUUCAGGACGUCCGAUCUCAGACCAAUCAGUUUGUGCUCCUCCGCUGCGCGGUUCUGAAGUCCAACCCCAGCCGAAUAGCGAGCGCUCGCUGGUACCGGAACGGCCUUCCCUACCCGCCCGUCAUGCAGGCGCCAGACGCCCUUCAACUCCGGUUCAAACUCAACUCCACCUCAAACGGCACGUACGAGUGCAGGGUCAGCAACGGGGCCGGGACCUCCAGCUGCACCUUCUCUGUCUCAGCUCAACCCUUCAGCGCUGAGUUUUACUUCGACACUCCAAACCCCAUCCGCAUCUCGAAGGGCAACAACUACACCUACAACCUGCAGUGGACCCAGAAAGAGCCCAGCGCCGUGGACCGGGUCAUCGGCUACUGGAUCAAUGUACAACAGAGGGGUCAGAAGGUGCUUUCUAGACAGAUCACCACCAGAGAGCCGAUGAAAGGUGUGCUGAUGACCUACACCAUUAUGGACCUGCGGAUCCCUCUGUCCUACGAGGUGGGACUCACACCCAUCACCAUGUACGGAACCGGAGACACCGUCACCAGAACCAUCCAGUACUCAGAACCCUACACAUAUCCAAGACCUUCAGAUCAUGUUUGCGGGUUCGAGGACGUGCGGAUCUGCGGCUUCUCUCAGGACCGCAGUGACGUGUUUGACUGGACCAGGCAGAACCAUCUGAGUCAGAACCCCAAGCGCUCCGUCAACACCGGUCCUGAUACAGACCGGAGCGGGACUAAAGAAGGUUAUUACAUGUACAUAGAGACUUCACGACCCCGGCAGAGAGGAGACAAGGCCCGGCUCCUGUCCCCCCUGUACAACGUCACCGCCGCCCGGGGCCCCGCCGGAUCCGGCCGAGUGCCACACUGCAUCUCCUUCUUCUACCAUAUGAACGGCAAACACAUCGGAACGCUGAACGUUCUCCUGCGAGUUAAAAGCAUCGCGACGGUGGAUUCGGUGGUGUGGUCUCGCUCUGGAUCCCAGGGACCCAGCUGGCAGAAGGCCAGCCUCAUGGUGAUGCCCAGCGGACCCUUCCAGGUGGUGUUUGAGGGCAUCCGUGGAGACGGCUUUGAGGGGGACAUCGCCAUCGAUGACGUCUCGGUUUCCAAAGGCAAGUGUACGCAGGAACAGCCAGCAAAAGCCGUAAUCGCAGGAUCAGCCCAAAGUCUCCGCCCCCUUUUCCUGAGCUCUCCACGUCUCAGCUUAUUGUGCCUGUGUGUCCUGCUCUUGUCCAGAUGAUGGGCUACACUCUUCAACGCUUCCUCGCGCAGGUCGCCCCCCACGGCAGCAUCCAGCACUGCCCGAACGCUCCCCUGUCCUCCUUCCUUCCCUCGUUCCUUCCCUUCAUUCCCUGUUUUUUUUUAUCCA